AUGAACUUCGCAGCAUGUUCAGCAGCGACGCUCUUUUGCCUCGGCGCCUAUGUCUCGACAAAGUUCAUAUACCUGUUCAUGGUAGAUCGGGCACACAUCAUCAGACAGACAUCAAAACCCCGAAUGAAGUCCAAGCUCUACAUAUUCAACUCUUUCGGCAUGCUUGGGGUCUUCGUCCUCAUCGUCAUAUUGAACUUCAUCUUCCGAAUAACAAAUUACAUUGACGGAAUAUGCAUUAUUGGACUGGGCCAAAAUGUAAUUUUGGCCUUGAUAUCCUUUGAUGCUGCUGUCAACGUUUACCUCACUAUCAUGUUUCUACUCCCACUACUAAGCCUUCAUUCCGUCAAGUAUAACUUCUGGAAACCGUGGACUUUGGAUUGGAGAAACCGCCGGGUCCCCAGAGCGCCACCGAAUAUCAGGCUUCGACGUCUUGUGAUCCGGACUUUCAUCGGUUCAUGCUGUACACUCCUGAGCAGUGUCACGAAUCUAGCGGUCUUGGGCGCACUCAAUGGAGAGGUUGCGUGGUUGUGUUUGUUAUGUUGCAACACAGACAUCUUUUUCUCGGCUCUUGUCAUGAACUGGAUCACGUCACCUGGCCAAGAGUCUACUCUUCGCACUCUCACACGACCGUCACGCGUAUCACACGCGACACUACGACCAGAAGAAGACCCGAGUAUGCCGCUUGAUCCUGAUGGGAACAGCACGAACAAGACUUGGGAGCAGAGGAGGACACACACACCGACGACGAUAGGUUUACAUUCAGCGGAAGGCGAUAACCUCCAAGAAGGCGAAGACUUGGAACUGAACGACCGACACUCGAUGGAUCACGGAGAACGCGUAUCAUUGGAGGAUCAACACGACGACGACCUUGAGGAGCCGGAGGAACAGGCGUCCAGGCACUCCAGAGUCAGGGAGGAGAAAAGGGGAUCUAAGCAAUCGUAA